AUGCCUAGACACCAGCACCAGCACCAAGCAUUCGAGCUGCUGCAGUGCAAUAUCAACCACUCCUCCCGCGCGCAGGACCUCUUGCUGCAGCACCUGGCGGAGUGGGGCAUUAGUGCUGCCAUUGUGUGCGAGCCGUAUUUUGUUCCCCCACUCCCUACGUGGGUGGGGGAACAAAAUACGGAGGGAGAGGUCGCUAUGACCAUCCCCCGGAUGGGAAACCGGCCUCCUCUGGUCAAGCAGAGUGCAGGCCGGGGCUACAUCGCUGCUAGAUGGGGUGACAUGGUACUUGUUGCUGUGUACUUCGCCCCAUCUAGACCGCGACGGGAGUUCGAGUUCCUCCUCUUGGAGGUUGGGCGGAUUAUUGCGGGAGCAGCGCCCACGCCCGUAAUAGUGGCGGGGGACUUUAAUGCCAAGUCUCUGGUAUGGGGUUUCCCCGUCACCGACCUUCGGAUCCUCUCCGACUUGGUGGUAGCAUCGGGGCUGUGUGUUCUAAACCAGGGCACUGCCAACACUUGUGUACGGUGGAAUGGGGGCUCCAUAGUGGACAUCUCCGACCAUUUAUAUGUGCGGAUGUCGGUCUCCAAACCGGCUUCGGUGCGGCCACCAAGUCAACGGCGCAAUCUCCUGAGGGACCGGUUCCGCAAGUGGACGCUGACUCAGCUGAAGAGGCGACCAUGA